AAAUAUAUAUACAUAUAUAAAAAUAUCAAGUAUUUAUCCAUAGUUAUUAAGUGACAAAAAAAAAGAGACCAAAAAAUGGUUGGACCCUUUAUGCAAGGCGUACUAUUGAUGGGCAUCAUCUAUUGGUACUCCAAGGGUAUGCUCUCUUUAAUCAACGACUAUUAUCGCAGCGAAAUCCAGCGUAAAAUCCUAACUGGCGAACCAUUAAAUGAAUCGAGCGAUUUCAUUCAUGUCGAUCAAAUAGUCGAACAUCGUUUGGGCAAGAUCAAAGCGAUGGAGGAGGAGCAGCAACAGCAAAGACUCGACAAAGCAAAGCCACCAAUGAUAGAUCGAAGAGUUUCUGGCAUGGAAGGAAGCCAAACGAAAAGGCAACGAAAUACCAAUAAGGACGAAUUGAAUUUAUUUAUUUGUAGAGGCGAAAAGCGCCUGCUGCAAUUCUACCGACUAGUAGUGGAACAAACAUUAAAUAUUUGUUUGUUAAAUGAGCGAAUGAGCUAACUGCGGCAAAAUAUGAGGUUACCACGGUAUUAGAGAAUAUAUCAAAAAGAAUUUACAUUCAUAUACAUAAAUACAACAUUCCCCAAAUGACAUGUGGCUAUUGAAAUACAAACGCAAGUACAUAUAUAAAUCAUACAUUCAAUGAACAAUAAUCAAUAUAAAAAUGAAUAUAACCCACUAUAAUGAAUAUCCAAAUUAUCUAUCUAUGUAUGUAUCCAUAUAUAUAUAAUCACAAAUAAUCGUAUGCGCUGAAUAUACAUAUAUCUACUUACUCAACUAUAUACUAUACUCUCAAAUAUUUAAUCAAACUAUUAAACGCAUUCACAUACAUUUAUGUUGAAAUGUUGCAAAGGUAUACUAUGUACUUAAAUAGAUACAUAUAUAAAAACAAAAGUUCAGUUAUAUGCUUAUGCUUCUUAUCUAAUACACAUAUAUAUAUUAUCUAUGCCGAGUGAAACUAACGAAAAAAAAGAAAACUCCUGCUGAGAAAAACAUGUUUUAAACGGACAUUGUACAACUAAAAGUUAUCAUAAAGGGCAGAAAUUCAAUGAAAGGUAUUUGACAACAAAUCACCAAAUUAUCUAUAUGAAAACUAUAUAUACUUAUAUAACCAAUAAAUAAUGGAAUAAAUAAAGUUAAUAAAUUAAUCAAAUAUGUAUACGUAGUUUAAGUCUGUCAGCUUGGUAUGAGUAUCAACUAAAAUUUGAAAAAGCAGCUUGAAUAAAAAUUCAUAUACUUAUCCUGUGUAUCGAUCUACGGAAAAAAA